AUGUCGACCAACAUGAACUCUUCUAGCACGCUGGUUCGUGUGACCAACUUAUCACCGGGAACAGAUCCCAUUGUAUUCUACAAUGACAUUCUUCCCUUCGACUUGCAAGAUUCUGUGAGCGAGAUCGAGAUGGUUCUUGGCCGUUACUACGGUAGAAUCUUCCGGAGUACCUCAACCAUGUACGUCUUCAUGGACUCGCACGAUAGCGCUCAGCGCGCGGUGCAAGAGUUGGACGGUCUUGAAUGGGGUAAGAGCCAUCUGUGCAUGCCGAUGACUCUGAAGAUCGUCCCUCUCACAGAGGCACCCGGCGCUGCUGCUUUGAAGCGGCUGUCGGACUUCCUUGCCAUCCAGAAGUCGAUGCCUGACUCGAAGACUGUGCGGUUUGACAACAUCCCUUCCGCUCACAAGUCCAAAGUCGUUAGGGAGUUGUUUGACGAGUCAACCUUCGCAUUAUACAUCGACGAGGAUGUUCCUAAUGACACGGAGAAGUCCUCGAAUGACUGGAUCAAGUAUAUCCAGGAUGGUGACGAGCUCCUUGUUCGAUUUGUCGAUGUCGAUUCGGCCAAGAACAUCGUCCUUGAGUACAAUGGUACUUACUAUAAGAAUGAGACCAUCUACGCGACGUGUGUCGACGACAAGGCACUCGAUGAUAUCGUGGAGGAACGGGAACAGGCGAAGUUGAACAACACGACGGCAAAGCUGUUCAUCGGCGCCGUCAAGCCUGGGGCCUCGACUGAAGAUGUGCGUAAGAUGUUCGCGCCCCAUGUACCCAAGGACAUCCAGAUGCAGCCGGGUAAGAGCUUCGCCUUCGUGUUCAUGCAUGAGGACGCUGCUGCUAAGUUUAUGGCGGCUUAUCCAAACGGCAAGAAGCACGGUGGCUGGAACUACCGGGUCAAGUAUGCCAACGACAAGAAGGGUGGUAAGGGCAAGCGUGUACCUGCUGCAUCUGUCGGCGAGUUCAUGGCUACUCCUGCCUCUGGCCCGAUCGACACCGAGACCUACGGCGGCUACAGCAGUAUUCCGGUAAAGGUUGAAGCCCCAGUCAAGAAGGUCGCUCUUCCGAAGCCUGCGCCUGCACCUGCUCCCGUCCAGGGUCCUGUCAUGGUCCGCGUCAAUGGUCUUGCAUACGCAGCUACAGAAGAUCAAGUCCGCAAGGUCUUCGAGAACGCGAAGUUCCAGGUUGAGGAAGUCGUGCUGCACAAUUCGAUCGCUAGCGACAUUCACGCUGUCGUGAAGCUCGCCAGCCAUGAGGAGGCCGAGCGCGCACUCUCAGUGCUUAACGGUAGGAAGAUCCUCAAGCGUAAGAUUGAGGUUGUGAAGGCCACUUAG